AUGGACGAAAUCAAGGCGUCUCGCACAGAACGGGAGGUCGUCGACCCCCUCAAGCCCUCAAUGACCGGCACCGUGGGCAUCAGCGAUGAGAUACUCGCCCAGAUGUCGGACAAAAUCCAGGACUUCACCCAAACGAUGGAACGCGCCCACCGCGCUUCCGAGUUUGAACACAGUAUGACCAAUGCCGAGGCUGUCAAACUCUACCCCAAGGCCAUAGCCUGGUCAUUUCUCAUCAGUCUCUCGAUUAUCAUGGAAGGGUACGAUACCUCACUCUUGGGCUCAUUCUACGCCUACCCUACGUUCGCGAAGAAGUUUGGCUCGUGGGAUGAAGGCUCGCAGACCUAUCAGGUCACCUCGGCCUGGCAAUCAGGCCUUCAGAAUGGAACCCAAGUCGGUCAGAUCAUGGGAUUGAUGGUGGCUGGCCUCAUUGCCGACCGGUUCGGGUACAAGAAGACAAUGUUCGGGGCCAUGGUUAUCCUGUGUGGAUUCAUCUUCCUCAUGUUCUUUGCGCAAAACGUCGGCAUGCUCUUCGCCGCUGAGCUGCUGUGUGGCCUUCCUUGGGGUGCUUUCCAGACCUUAUCCGUGACCUAUGCGGCCGAAGUGGCGCCCACGAUUUUGCGACCCUACCUGACCGCGUACGUGAACCUCUGCUGGGUGACAGGACAAUUCAUUUCGAUUGGCGUCCUCCGCGGUCUCCUACACCGAACUGACGAGUGGGGCUGGCGAAUUCCCUACGCUAUUCAAUGGGUGUGGCCGUUGCCAAUCAUGGUGGGCCUCCUUUUCGCACCGGAAAGCCCCUGGUGGUUGGUGCGCCACAACCGACUUGAUGAAGCAAGACGCUCUCUCCUGCGCUUAACAACUCGUGAAAACAGGCGCUAUGACCCAGAUGACGCAAUCGCCUUGAUGGUGGUCACGAACACUCAGGAGGAACUCAGCCGGGAGGGGGUUUCGUACUGGGACUGCUUCCGAGGCACCAACCUUCGACGAACUGAGAUAGCCUGUGCCUCCUGGAUGUCACAAUGCUUGACUGGGAUAUGGUUUGGGGGCAAUAUAACGUAUUUUCUUCAACAGCAGGGAUUUAGCGCAGACCAGUCGUUCAAUUUUGGUCUGGGGUUGAACGCACUGGCAUUUUUGUCGACCCUUGGCUCAUGGUUCGUUAUGCGGUGGGUAGGGCGGCGUAAACUCUAUCUCUGCGGCACAGGAACAAUGCUUUCAGUUCUUCUGAUCGUUGGUUUUAUGGGUAUACCGGCCAGCAAUGCGGGAAUCAGCUAUGCCUCAGCAGCGAUGUUGAUGCUCUUCGUCCUCGCCUAUGACCUCACAGUUGGCCCCGUGUGCUACGCCCUUGUCUCUGAGAUUCCAUCUACUCGUCUGCGGAUCAAGAGCGCGGUUUUAGCUCGAAAUGCGUACAACAUCACAACCAUCGGAGCAAAUUUCCUGAAUCCGCCGAUCCUCAACCCGACGGCCUGGAACCUGCGGGGCAAAGGUGGCUUCAUCUGGGCUGGAUUCUGCUUCCUUUGUUUGGUUUGGAUGUACUUUCGUCUUCCUGAGCCAAGUGGCCGUACCCCGAGUGAGUUGGAUGUGCUCUUUGAGAAUAAGAUCUCGGCGAGGAAGUUCAGUGAGACGGAGGUGGAUACGUUCCGGUCUGUGGCGAUGCAGGAGCAUUGA